GAUGUGAUGAAAUCCGCCUAUCUCAUUAGCGACAAGCGAGGUAGCCGAAAGCGGAUACGCCAAGACUCGUAGACGGAACGUUCCGUCUUCCGAACCUUCUCCGCAAAAAUAUCCAUCGAAUACUCGUGCCUAUUCACCGUUGGCAACAUCGACGCCUCGCAACACAUCUCUUCAAUCCUACGUCGUCAUGGCUUUCCCCGGUAACCCAGGUAUGCCUCCGGGCAUGGACCCCAACGCGGGCAUGUCGGAACAGGAGCAACAGAUGGUGAAAUAUAUGCAAGCAGGCAUGGAAUCAUGCGCAGGAAAGACCGUCAUGGCUGGUGUCAUGGGAGGAGGUCUCGGUGCUAUGUUUGGUCUCUUCAUGGCUUCGAUGAGAUACGAUACCCCAAUGUCCCAGCCAUUACCCACCCAAGUCCCCCCUGCGCCUGGAAAGCCCACCACCACAACCGCAGCCGCCACCAACGCUCCAGCAACAUCAACCCUCUCCGCCACGAGCGUGAAGCCCAACAUCGCCGCCGCAUCCACGACCGCCAGCGCAACAACAGCAGCAGCACCCUCCGCCACGCUCCCACUCACCGGCUCCACCGCUACAGUUCCCCUCACUGACCUCCCCCUCCGCCAACAACUCAAGCACGGCCUCCGCGACAUGUACCAAUCCUCCAAGUCGAGCGGCCGCAACUUCGCCAUCGUCGGCGCCGUCUUCUCCGGCACCGAAUGCGCCAUCGAGGGCCUCCGCGCGAAGAACGACCUCUACAACGGCGUUGCUGGAGGCUGCAUAACCGGAGGGAUAUUGGCGCGGAAGGCGGGGCCUCAGGCCGUUGCUGUUGGCUGCGCGGGCUUCGCGGCGUUCAGUGCUGCUAUUGAUGCUUACAUGAGAAUGCCCGAAGACGAGCGAAGCAGACCAAUCGCAUAAACCUCCCCCUUCUCCAAAUGAUACCCCCACCAAAAAAAACCUAGCAAUCUACGAAGGCUGUACGGAAUACGCACCCGAUACAUAUAUAGCCAGGCCCAUCUUGGCUACCCCCCAACCCCAUUUGUAAGAAUAUCACGCGAACGACUGGAAAAAGAAAAACACUUCAACUGCAUCGGGCGGCGUUUUUCAAAUGUACUCAACAUGACAACAUCCAACCUCAUCUCUUCUCAGCAGUCAGGCGGGGAGGAAAAACGAAGAAUCUUUACACAGGAAAAGGACAUCUUCAUGAUUACGUUCGAAGCGGAAGCGGUGUUUGCAGGUAGAGGUUAUAUUUUAGAACUGUACUGUAGAAUGAAACAUGUAAAACGUGAAUG